CGAUGGCGCUCAAAAAGAGGCUGAGAAGCUACGGAAUGUGCGAGUCGAUUUCGACAUGGAGCCGGAAGAAACGCGCUUUCUGUACGGGCGACUUCGUUCGUAUGCUGCGCGAGGAAAGACACACUGGUGUCAGGAGAUUGCUGAAUAUCUCGUGACGGCACGAAGAGAGCGGCCAAAUCUACAGCUGUACAACGCUCUGAUCUUAAGCAAUAUUCACAAUGAGUUUGGUGCGGCCUGGAGGGUCCAUGAUCUGCUGGAUGAGAUGCGGAAGGACGGCAUGUCGCCAGAUGUCGGGACAUGUCACGCCGUGCUGAAGGUGCUGAGCGUCCAUCUCGAUCACCUGCUCCGGACGGAAAUCCUCGACUAUAUGCACAAAAGAUGGUUACAGAUUACGGAAGAAGGCUGGCACGAUAUGGUUGCUGGAAUGCUGCGAGAGGGUCUCUUCGAGCAGGCACUCGAGAGGUUGGACAAGAUGAGACGGGCGCAAAUGCAGAUUGAGCCAUGGUUACAUGAUAUGGCGGUGUUCAUGCUGUGCGAUGCUGGCGAGAUCGAGGAGGCGUUUCGAAUCAUGCGAACGCGAUACGAUGCCGGAGAGGUGGCGUUACGACAAGCAGUAUGGUCAUAUUUGCUCGAUAAGGGCAGCGAAGCUCGACAUUAUCAUGCUACGUCCUUGGUGUGGAUGAGCCAGGUCAACCAAGGCUACCUCAAUCCAUCAUCUGGAACAUGCUUGAACAUACUUGCGACAGCAGCUCAGGCCGGCGAUGCUGCAAUGGCCACCGAAGUCUUCACCCAUCUGAGCAAAAGAGGGACUGCAUUCAAGCCCAUUCACUUUGAACUGUUGAUCACGGCCUACCUCUCCGCCAACCCACCUGACCUCGGACGUGCAAUCAGUAUCCUCACCAUCAUGCCACUCGAGAAGAUGGAGCCGACGAUAGCCCAAACCAGGGAGAUUUUCCUCUAUCUCAAAGACAAACCCGCUUUGAUCAAACAGGCGUUAAUCACUCUCCAAGAAUUGCAUGCCCAGGAUCGGAAGAUAUCCAUCACCAUUCUCAAUCUCCUCAUCGAAUGUUACGUUGAGCAAAAGAACCUGCCGGAGGCCUUGAAAGUGUACAAGCUGAUACACACGUUUGCACCUCUUGGCUACGGAGCGCAAAAAUCUUUUGCCAACAUUGAGACUUUCAAUCUUCUGCUCAAAGGCUGUCGGGUCACCCACCCGCCCGAUGAGCGGCAAGCCUCCUUCCUCGUAUCGGAACUUCUCGCACUACGUGUGACACCGACAGCAAUGACCUACGACCGACUCAUCCUCUGUUUCGUUGAAGCUGCCAAAUACGCGCUGGGCAGAUGUCGAGAGAUGACGGAUCCCGAACAGAUGCAGGCCGAGCAUAGCAGAGCAGUGGAGCUUGUGGAUUGGUCUUUUCGUCAUUUUGCAGAUAUGCAGCCACUGGGCUGGAUGCCUCGAUACGGCACACUGGAGCUCCUCGCGGUACAGCUCGCAUAUGUUGGGGAUGAUCGUUGCUGGGAUGUCCUCCAGGCUGCUGAGGACCAAAGCGAAAAGGUGGAAGGGUUUGAGCAGAAGGGCCAUUUUGCGAGAAGGAGUGUCGAGAAUGCAUGGGAAACUUGUCACAGAGCACAGAAAGCACAGCCUGGUACAUCUGAGGAAGAUAGCGACGUGGCAGCGAUCUCGGCUUGGUCAUGAGCGGCGCCAUACGUUCAGCCUACAGUCAGAGAUGCAUCCUACCUGAAUACCUCUCGGCUCUCGAUUCAUCAUGCAGGCUGUACUGUAUAAUGGGACUGAUAGGGAGACUCAUUCUCCACAGGCCAUGCUUGGCAACACAUGCUACUUCUGAUUCGCGAGUUCGGCACUUGCAUCAAAGUGCUGUCCGAUGCGAUGGGGACCAUGGGCAUGGGGUAUGGUUAUCCACCCCUGAUCCAUGUCCUGACCAACCCGAUCAGCACUGUUGGCAGAAGACAUCAGCCGGCCAAUCACAGCGUGACGAACCUCGUUCCCCCCAGAGCAUUAUCGGCGUCAGCUCUCGCGACAGUUGAGAUUCUCUUAUCGAAGCCUGCUGAUUUGAAGCUCUCCUCUGCAGACCUUGCCAACGGCCAGAUGUUGCAUGUCGGCCGCGGCCAGCAGACCCGGAUUGCGGGAGCGAGAGAGGGAGAGAUAGGGAGCAUAGACUACUGCCCGUGCUACUGGUGGAGUGAAGGAUGGAUGCCUGCUGAGAAGUUAGAAGCAUGCCGUCGGAGUGGAAGAUGCUUGUUCGAGCUUGUGAUGGGAACGGUACAUGCAGGGUAUAACUGCGUUUGUUGUACUCUAGAGAGAUAGAGAACGACUGUUCGCUUUUUGCACGCGACAGCCAUGUGCUCUCCUCCUUUUAUUCCUGCUGGGUAGACCAUG